GGUGGGUAGUGACGGCUGCUCGGUCUUGAAGGAUCCUAAUCUGGUUUGGGAGGGUGAAGACCGCUGAAAUGUCCAGGCUGCCCGAGGCUCCAUCUUCCACCACCCAACGGUUCUUUUACAGUGGCUCUGAAAUGAGCGAAACUGGAGAAAUUUUCCCUGCUCAGGAAAAGGUAGAGGCAAGGAUUGACUUAAAGAUGGGUAAGAAGAGUGUUACUGAUCAUAAGCUAAAUGUGGACAAAGUAAUUAAAAAUAUUAAUGCAAUUUCUUCGGAGUUGAAGAAGAUAAAAGAGCUCUCCCAGUUAUUGCUUUGUGACCUUAUCCUACAUUUUAAUCAUCCCGUCAAGACUGAGAACUUAACAGAAGCAGAAAGAAACAACCCUUUCUUUGAAGAGUCUAAAAUAUCAGAUGUAUCCCUUGUUUCUAACAGUUUUUCUAUCUGAUUUCUUAUUUGUUAUGAGUUUCUGUUUUUAUUGUUGAACUAACAAAUAUUUGGGAGAGUUGAGUUUACUAAUUUGUAUAUAUAUAAUUUAAAACAAAAUAAAAAUAAUGUAAACAAGCA